AUGGGAUUAUCACAAGACAAUGUUCAUGGACUCAUUCUAGCUGUUUCUUCAAGUAUUUUUAUUGGGAGUAGUUUUAUAAUCAAGAAGAAAGGCCUAAAAAAAGCAGGCACUACAGGAGUUCGAGCAGGGUCUGGAGGACAUACAUAUUUGUAUGAGCCUUUAUGGUGGGCUGGGAUGAUAUCAAUGAUUUUGGGGGAGAUAGCUAAUUUUGCUGCGUAUGCAUUUGCUCCAGCAAUUCUUGUAACUCCACUUGGAGCAUUAAGCAUAAUUGUCAGUGCAGUGCUUGCUCAUUUUGUUCUAGCAGAAAAGCUACAUAUAUUUGGAAUGCUUGGAUGUGCUCUUUGCAUGGUGGGAUCUAUAAGUAUUGUUUUAAAUGCUCCACAAGAAAGACAAAUAAAUUCUGUUAAAGAAAUUUGGCAUCAUGCCACACAGCCAGGUUUUAUUAUCUAUACAGUUUUCAUACUGUUUCUCGUUGGCAUUCUCAUUUUCUAUUUCGUUCCACGAUAUGGGAAGACUCACCUCAUCGUAUAUGUUGGAAUUUGUUCUCUCAUGGGCUCUCUGACGGUUAUGAGUGUGAAAGCAGUGGGUAUCGGUUUGAAGUUGACUUUUUCAGGAACAAACCAACUAAAAUACUACGAGACUUGGGUUUUUGCUGUGAUAUUGGCGGUUUGUUGUCUUUUUCAGAUUAAUUAUCUCAAUAAGGCUUUGGAUAUCUUUAACACUGCCGUAGUUUCUCCAGUGUACUAUGUGAUGUUUACUAUAUUCACCAUUCUUGCCAGUGUGAUCAUGUUUAAGGAUUACGAAUCACAAAAUGCAUCACAAAUUGCAACUGAAUUAUGUGGUUUUGUUACUAUCCUAUCUGGCACCUUUCUGCUUCACAAAACUAGGGAUAUGGGAAAUGAUCCACCCAAGGAACCUAUCUUCCAAAGUCCUCGUGCGUCGGAAUCAUUUUCAUCUCCACUUCCUAUCAGCCAAAGAUAG